AUGGAAGAGAGAUCCUUACAACAUAAAUUUGAAGCUGAAGAUAUUGCGAUUGAAGAGCUUAAACAUACGAUCAACAAUCCAUCAAAAGAAGCAUUUAAUUAUUUGUAUGAUUGCUACAUUGGACUAAGUGAUCAAAUGAAAAAUAUGCAAGAUAUAAUAAAAAAUCCAAAAAACAAUUUUAACCUUGAAGAAUCGAAGAAAAUAUUAAUAAAUAAAAUCAAAAGAAAUUUGCCAGAGAUUAUUCUAGAAGCUGAUCACCCUGCAAUCGGAACUUGCACCAAACCUUACUCUGAUACUAGCAUACACAGGGCUCCAGAAAUGAUCAUCAAUUCAGGUCCUAGAAUCGAUAAAACUGAUCAAAUACUUGCUAUAAAAACAAAUUUAAUCAGUAAGAAGGUUAAAUUCCAAGAGUGGCAUUGCUUUUUAUCCUUUUGUUGCACAGGAUUAGCACUCAAGAUGCUGAAAAAUCGUAAAGGCGAAAUCAUGUCUUGGACCGAUUGCAUCAUCAACUUUUAUGACGGUAUAGGAUUCGAAGAUAUAAACCUAGCCAAAAUACAAAUUUUAUCCAACAAGGAACCCCAGGAUGGUGAAAAAUUGUAUGAAUUUGUUGUUAAACUAACCCACGAAGCUAUGGAAAUAAUUGGCUAUAACGUAUUUCCCAUCAUACUUAAUAAAAUAAGACAAAUUUAUCUUGUGUACCUACCAAAGAAAGCAGGCCCAAAGGCUGCAAAUAUAACAAAUUACCCAGAAUUGCUUGAUUUUCUGGAUAAUAAAUUCCCUAAAGAAUUAAUCACUAAUAAGAGUUCAUCAACUAAUACUGCAACUGAUCUUUCUCAAAUAUCAACCAAUAAGAAUAAAAAUAACGCCUCCCAUAUGGAUUAG